CAUAAAUCGAGCUACUGUAACGCAAAUCCAAUUAACACAACCAUCCUCUCUGUGAAUACUGUAGCUCAUCGGUGGUUCCUCCUUGUUAUUUGAUUCUUCAAUUCUCUGUCUUCUUCUGCACCUUAAACAGUGCUUGAUCAAAUAUGGGAUGCUCUGCUUCAAAAACGUCCAAAGUUGUGGUCCCAAUGCCAACAGAACUGAAAGAAAACUUAAAAUCAUCACCCGAAGAAGAUAGACAAGAAAAUACAGCUACGACAGAAAGAAAAACUUCGACAACAAUUCAAGUGAAACAGUCCAAUGUCGACAGUUUAAAUGGAAGCCAAAGUAGCUUGAAUUCCAACUCUGAUUCUGAAAGAUCAAAUCGGGAAAGCUCGGCAAAAUCUACAAGAACUAUGGACAGUGGUUUAGGUGAACUAGAAGACGACGAAAAUAUUGUGACAGAAAAAUCCACACUGGACAAACAGAAGAGAGCACUGAUAGACGAUAGGCCUCCGACACCAGAGCUCUGCAUCGAAGGUACUCAAGUUACGAGAAGGAAGAGUUUGAAAGAGAAACGAGUUUCCUUUUCAGAAAAACAGGAAGAAGUUAGGAAUAGAAUAAAUGCUUUAUCGCCUCUUGGCGGAGUGACAGAAAGACCUCAGAGCAGGGGAGGAAUGGCGUUUGAUAUCAUGUUGGUUCCUGAAACUGGUAACGUGAAAAGAAGGCCUCAACAUCUGAGAUCAUUGGAAAGACGGAAGAAGAAAGGAGCUCGGAGAACCAAAGAAGAAAUAGAAGAAAAGCUUAAACAUGCUGAGGAAAGAAGAAGGGAGAACAAACAGCACAUGAAAGAGAAAGCACAAGCUAUGAUUUCAAGAGAAAGACAAGUUAAACAAGCUUUAGAUGACUUUGAACAACGACAAAAAAAUUAUAAUGAGCAAACUGUCUCCAGUUAGAGGCUCUAACUAUACAAUACAUCUUAGUUUUAUAAUUUAUUAGGACAUUUUUUUAUUGUGGAGUGAUAAUUGGUAUAAUAUAUUAUACAGAUGUUAUCCUUGCUUUUUCAAGGGAGAGUUUGUACUGACUUGCUGCAAGAUAUUUCAUUUGAAACAAAGUGUACUUAAAAAUGUGUUAAUAUAUUGGAAAGUAGCACUUUCCUGACCAAAAACCCUUCCCUCUUUUGGAUGACUUAGCUUCAAGUGUAGAUAUUUAGACUUUCUGUGAUGACAACUUCAUCAUACAUUCUUAGGAACAGGAAAUGGAAUUUACUGCAAAGCUAGCUAUGCUGGCCUCAGUCAAUGUUAAUUUUGAAAGUCUUUGGUCAUUUUUUCUCAGUAAC